GUUUCUCCUCCGCACAAGGAAGUUGUACCUGCAGUAGAGACUGGGGCAGAGGGAGUUUGUUUGGGUCAGACAUGCACCGAGCUCAGCCUCUGCUGGGGAGCGUAAGCCUUGGGAUCUGUUGCUAAGGGAUACACAUAGAGAAACUGGUAAUGGCUUGUACAAACCCCAGUUUGAUUAAACAGCUCUCCCAAGACGAGAUCACAGAGAUUAUGAAGAAAGUAAAAAACAAGGAGAUUAGCAUCGAAGAUGCUGUAGUGCUCGCAAAGGCCGAGGCCAAAGCGCAGGGGGAGGAGCCAAAGGAAUCGCCCGGCACGCAGCAAUACAACUUCACGGUGUACAAAUUCCGGUACAGGUGGCAGAAGCGGAUACUGCAGAUUGAUUUCUAUUCAGAGAUGAUUUUUAACAUAGAGAAAGGGAACCUGAAGAAGCAGUUUCCGUUCAGCCAAGUCAAGGCCUGCAAAAAUAACGACGGCCUCAAAUUUGUCAUCUCCUUCCAUGGACACCAGGACUACGAGCUGGAAGCCUCCUGCCUUGAAGAUAAAGACAGCAUCAUGAAGAUUGUGAAUGGUAUCAUCCAGAGAAAUGACCAAACCUCCCAUUUCCAAUUUUACACCAAAAAGCAUGCAUACUCGGAUGUACUACUGGAAGGGAUACUGGAACUUGCGGAGCCUGAUUCGGACACAUGGGUGAAGAAUUUGGUGAAAAUGAAGAAAGGUGAACUGAUAUUUUACUCUUACGAGCAAAAAACAGAACCAAUAGAAAACAAUGUGACCCUGCUUGGCUGCCAUGUGACCUCAAGCACAAAUGGUGUCUCUCCCUCAUUUACAGUGAAAUCUGGAGGGCAUACCUACAUGUUCCGCAUUCCUGUAAACAAAUAUUUACAAGAAACAGAAAACAGUACAAAAGCAAGGGACGAUUGGGUUGCCCUUCUACAUAAGCAAUGUUCCCAAAGCCAGCAAUGCCCCCCUCAUAAAGAAGAAUUACCUUCAAAUGCGGAUCCCAGUCAUUUAAUGAAUAACCACACUAACGCACAGCCCGAGUAUCAGGAAUUGCACAUUUACAGUAAGGUUGAGCGUGGCCCUAAAGACUGCAAUGACAUAAACAUAUAUAACGUACUUCCAGCUAAGUCUACAUUCUCUAAAGAAGAAGUGUUCAGCCCAUCACCCGUCUUUCUGAUUCCUCCGAGUCGACCGGCUCCUCCACCACCGCCACCACCUCUUCUAUUUCCUACAGUCCGACGAGAGAUGAUAAAAAAAACCAAACCUUUUCAUUGGGAUGCGGUACCCAAUGAAAAAAUCAAACAUUCCAUGUGGUCUCAGGCAGCCUCAAGCCCAAAGAAAUUAGAUACUCAAAGAAUUAUGUUCCAGUUUCAAGCUCAGGAUACGGCAGCCUACCCUACAGAUAUUUCUCUGGAUAAUCUGAAGAACCAACACAUAAUAUUAAAUAUCAAGGUUGCUCAUAAUUUCAGUAUAGUUUUGAAAGGUUUUAUCAUGGAACCCAGGCAACUGAAAGAGAAGUUACUGAUAAUUCAUGAACGGGACGGUGGUUUAUCAGAUGAGAAUCUGACUAACCUAAGGAGAUAUAUCCCAACAGCAAAAGAUAUAAAUACAUACCUAGGUCUGAAAAGCUCUCCCUCUGAUUUGCACAUCGUAGACCAGUUCAUGUUGGAGAUGUGCAAAAUUCCAGACCUGGGUCCAAGACUUGAUGUCUUACUUGCCAUACGUGAACUGCCGACGUAUAUGAAAGACAUUCAGCCGCUUCUAUUGCACAAAAUCGGAACCUGCCAGCAGUUGCUGAGGAGCCAGUCCUUCCCUGAAGUGCUCAAGUAUAUCUUGGCCAUAGGGAAUUGCCUCAAUGAGAAUGCAGGGAAGGAGAUCACUAAGGGAUUUCGGUUAUCCUCCCUGCUAAAGAUGUCCCAUCUCAUGAGUAAGGAGAAGAGGUUCACCUUGCUGCAUGCCCUUGUGGAGCAGAUCCUCUUACAAGAGCCCGAAUUGGCUACAUUUUCUCAAGAGUUGACAGAAUUUGAAGCUGUUCCUGGGGCUUCCGUCAAAGGUCUGAGCGCAGAAGUUGAUGUUACAGCCAAGGAAUUGGAAAAGAUUAAUCAGUACCGGAAAUCAUUUAAGAGCAAACUUCAGAAAGGAGCGGCCAAUGAAAUGCAGUUUUUCAAAGACCUGUCGAAUAUCCUUGAUGUUUAUCAGGCGCAACAAGAAGGAUUGUCUAACAAAUCCUGUGAAUUGAAGAAACUUUACUCCGAAGUCCUGCAAAAAUUUGGAGAGGAAGAGGAUCAAGACUCGCAGGAGCUUUUUGGCUGGAUUUCCAGUUUCAUUAAGGAGUUCAAAAAUGCACAGUCCACAGUCAGGUCUCAUCAAAUGAUCCCAAAUGCUGCACCUUCUCACUAAGGACUCCUGAUUCAAGACAUUAUUCCUCUCAAGCCCUUACUGGAAGGAUUUUUAACAGUAAGGGACACCCGGGGGUCUCUGCUCAGUUUAUGAUACACGUUUAUCCUUAAUAAGAAAACUCCAUUCUCUGUACUUGAACCUGAGAAGACCUGACUGACCAAACAAAUUCCUUCAUCCUUAAAGGGGAUCUGCAGCGGCAGCCCCCCAAAAACUCUUGUUGUUGUUAAAAGAAAGGAAAUACAAUUGCAGGCAACUUUCGCAUUAAAGGGGAACUAUCGUGAAAAUGUCAUAUAAGCUUCCUCAUACCGAAGCAAGAAACUUUCUAAAUUCAA